UCGGGAGGCGCGGGGGGCGGACCCGCCCGCAGCCGGAGCUGCUCGCCGGCUCGCUAGCAUUCGGUCGCGCCGCGGGGCAGGCAUGGGAGCCGUGUGCGCCCUCUCCGCGCCCACACCUGUCUGAGCUGCUCAGAGACCUGCGGCCCUGGCGGGCUGCUCCGCACGGGUGAGUGCGGGCGCGGGCUUGGGGCGUCCGCCGGGGCGCUGGGGGACUUAGGAGCCUGGAGGAGCGGGACAAAGGGCCGGGUGCGCGCAAGGUGGGAAUGGUGCCCAGCAUGGCGGAGAUUCCAGGGGUCCUCUUCCUUCUCCUCCUGCUCUGUGUUGUUGGGCAGGUGAGUCCCUAUGGUGCCUUCUGGAAACCUACUUGGCCUGCUUACCGCCUCCCUGUAGUCUUGCCCCAGUCUACCCUCAACUUAGCCAAGCCAGACUUUGGGGCUGAAGCCAAAUUGGAAGUGUCUUCCUCAUGUGGACCCCAGUGUCACAAGGGAACGCCUCUGCCCACAUAUGAAGAGGCCAAACAGUACCUGUCUUAUGAAACACUCUAUUCCAAUGGUAGCCGCACAGAGACUCAGGUGGGCAUUUAUAUCCUCAGCAAUGGCAGAGGUGGAGCUCAAUACCAAGACUCUGAGUCUUCAGGAAGGUCUCGGAGGAAGCGGCAGAUUUACGGCUAUGACAGCAGAUUCAGCAUUUUUGGGAAGGACUUCCUGCUGAACUACCCUUUCUCAACCUCAGUGAAGUUAUCUACAGGCUGCACUGGCACUCUGGUAGCAGAGAAACACGUCCUCACAGCUGCCCACUGCAUACAUGAUGGGAAAACCUACGUGAAAGGAACACAGAAACUUCGAGUGGGCUUCCUGAAGCCUAAGUUUAAAGAAGGUGGUCGAGGGGCCAACAAUUCCAGCUCAGCCUUGCCUGAGAAGAUGAAAUUUCAGUGGAUCCGAGUGAAACGCACCCAUGUGCCUAAGGGUUGGAUCAAAGGCAAUGCCAAUGACAUUGGCAUGGAUUAUGACUACGCCCUCUUGGAACUUAAAAAGCCUCACAAGAGAAAGUUCAUGAAGAUUGGGGUGAGCCCUCCUGCUAAACAGCUACCUGGGGGCAGAAUUCACUUCUCUGGCUAUGACAAUGAUCGACCAGGUAAUUUGGUGUACCGCUUCUGUGAUGUCAAAGAUGAGACCUAUGACCUGCUCUACCAGCAGUGUGAUGCCCAGCCUGGGGCCAGUGGGUCAGGGGUCUAUGUGAGGAUGUGGAAGAGACAGCAGCAGAAGUGGGAGAGAAAAAUUAUUGGCAUCUUUUCAGGGCACCAGUGGGUGGACAUGAAUGGUUCUCCACAGGAUUUCAACGUGGCUGUUAGAAUCACCCCUCUCAAAUAUGCUCAGAUUUGCUAUUGGAUUAAAGGAAACUACCUGGACUGUAGGGAGGGGUGAUACAGUGCUCCUUCCGGCAGCACUUAAUGGUCUUCAUGUACUCAUUGUAGGAGAGGCCAAAUUUUAUCAUUGGCUCAUAUACACACACACACACGUGUGUGUGAUGUGUCAUGUAACAUCCUUUACCUGAUUUCUUAAAAUUGUAGGAUGACUGACUUUAUUAUUUGCAAACUUGUUUGUGUAUCAUAUCAUUUAAGCAGUUCAAAAGCAUAUUUUUGCAUAGAAAUAAAAACAUACUGAUGUUUGGGGCAAUAGGAAAUAUUUGACAAUUAAGUUAAUCAUUCACCUCUUUGAGAACUUUGGUUUUUAUUUCAUCUGAACUUGUUUCAAAGGUUUAUAUUAAAUAUGUGGCAUACAGGAGAUGUGAAUUCUUAUGUGUGUAUGUGUUUUCUUCUGGGAUUCAUUUCUUGGUAUUUUUUAAAUUCCUGAUGAUUAAAGCUUCCAGAUGGUAGUGUAUCCACCACAUAUAACUCUUAGGAACUUCACAGCACUUCUUAGGCAACUGUAAUAUUUUGGAUUUGGAGGCAUUUGCAUAUUAGUCCUUGAACAGUAAAAUAAUUUAUUGGCUCUAUUAAUACACAUGUUCAACUAUAUCUGACAAUAAACUGGCAUUUCAAGCUGC